AAUGAAAAUCACAUGGUCAUGAUGAAACAUUGUUAAACAUUUUAUUAAUAUUUUAUAAACAUAUAAUAAUAAUAAUUUUAUAUAUCAAGCUGUAUACAUGGGUUUAUACAUAUACAUGUGAAUAUGUAUUAUAUUAAUAUGAAAACAACAUUGUAAAUCUGGGAUUUUUAAAAAUUUUGUAUUAAUUAUUUAUUUAUUUAAACUUGAAAAUAAAGCCCAAAGUUUUAGGAUUUCCAAAAAUCUACUAUUUAAAAUUACUAGAUAUUUCUAUGUCACUAAUCAAAUGCAAGUAAAUUUGUGACAUUGACCAUGCUAACUCCUGAUGCUCUUUGAAACAUUCUCAAAGAUAACAUGGAUCAUCAGAUUUUCAAACAUGUGGAGUCCAUGCCUGCUUGAGCGCAUGCUGUCAUUAAAGCAAAAGUGGGACAUGUCAAAAACACAACGAAAUUCUGAAAUGUAAAUUCAACUUCUCAGACUGUUAUGCUGAUAAUUUGUAUUGAAAAAAUGAUCUAUUAAUUUAAGAAUAAAAAUAGAAGUAAUUUUCUUUUCAUAGGUGGUCUCUGAUAUUAAUAUAUUAUUAUGAACUUUUAUAUUACAUUAUAUUAAUGUCUAUAGUCUUCUAAUCUACAUAACACCACCAAGUCCCUGAAAAGAAGCACCAUUCCCCAGUCCCCAUGGGGGUAACCGUCUGUAAUGCCUGAGCAAAAACCUAUCAUGUUAUCCUGAUAGCAUGUCAUUGAAGUGUAAGUUAACAGAAAACAAAAACAACGACACAUCUUUAAUUUCACAAUCUAUAACUUCAGUUAUAUACUAUUAUAUUACUAUUGUGUAAGUUAUGGUUUAAAAGUCAUUAAAUAUCGGAUUUACACCUGUUCUCCUGCAGUCAGUCCAAGGAAAAGCUCUUGACGUCACAGUUACACAGCGGAAGCCGGAUAUCCGCCAUGACCGGAAAGAUUCCAUAUUUGGGCAUUCUUAGCAGGCGCAAUGGCAGCUUCCAUUCUGUGUAGACGACUAGCUUAACGUUGAAUGUGGAGUCUAUGAUCGUUUGUAAAACAUUUUCAACGGAUCUCUGAGACGGAUCAGCGGUGGAUUGGAACGUAUGCUUUUUAAAAUGUCAAAAACCAAAAGCUAGUCACUGAAUUGAUCCGUCAAACCACUACAAACCCGAAACCACUUAGCAAGGCUUUGCUAGCAUCCUCGAUACGGUUUGCAUUUUUUUUUAAUAAACAUUCGUAAACCCACAUAUAAACCCGGAAUCAACCGUUAACGUUUUACAAAUCAACCGCCCUUCAUGCCCGAGCAAGGACCGAGAAUGAACGCAUUCUCUCUCGGCGAGCUGUGCUGGCUCUUCUGCUGCCCGCCCUGUCCGAGUCGCAUCGCGGCCAAACUGGCUUUUUUGCCACCGGAGCCCACGUACUCCAUCCACACGGACGCGAGCGGCGCGUCCAGCCUGCACCUCACCGAGCGCGCAGACUGGCAGUACUCGCAGCGCGAGCUCGACGCCGUCGAGGUGCUCGUCACCCGAACCAGCCGCGGGAACCGGGUCGGCUGCAUGUUCGUCCGCUGCGCGCCCAGCAGCCGCUACACGCUGCUGUUCUCGCACGGCAACGCCGUGGACCUAGGCCAGAUGUGCAGCUUCUACAUCGGCCUCGGGUCCAGGAUCAACUGCAACGUGUUCUCCUAUGAUUACUCGGGUUACGGGGUCAGCACCGGGAAACCAUCCGAGAAGAACCUGUACGCGGAUAUUGAAGCGGCCUGGCAGGUUCUCAGGAACAAGUAUGGCGUGACUCCGGAAAACAUUAUCCUGUAUGGUCAGAGUAUAGGGACUGUGCCAACAAUAGACCUGGCCUCCCGGUAUGAGUGUGCGGCAGUGAUCCUUCAUUCUCCCCUCAUGUCUGGGUUGCGUGUAGCCUUCCCCGACACCCGCAAAACGUACUGCUUCGAUGCCUUCCCAAGCAUCGACAAGGUCUCAAAGGUGGCGUCCCCAGUACUGGUCAUCCACGGCACAGAAGAUGAAGUGAUCGAUUUCUCCCACGGCUUGGCCAUUUACGAGAGAUGUCCACGUGCUGUGGAGCCUCUGUGGGUGGAGGGUGCCGGGCACAACGACAUCGAGCUGUACGCUCAAUACCUUGAGAGACUCAAGCAGUUCAUCACCUUUGAGUUGGCUACCUCCUGAAGGCACGGCACGGAACACCAGGACACGCACAUCGUGUAGGGUUCCCCUUUACCCAGGCUGGAGGAACGCCAUCUGGUACUUGCACUUGCUGGAGAAAAACUGGACUCCUCUGAAGUCUCUCUCUUUAGAUUUAUGAGUGAGGCCUUUUCAUCCCUAAAGGGGAAAUGCAUUAUAAUAAUUUUCAUUCACUUCUUUUCUUUUGUACUUGAUGAAGAAUCACUGACAUUUUGCACCACAUUCAGUUCAUGCUAAAUGUUUUGUUUGAUGAUUUGAAAUGUUUUUUUCUUCCCUUUUGUUGAUGCAUUUAUUUUAAGUACUCCUCAAGGGUUAAUUAAACUGAUGCACUUUUCUUGUGCAGAUAAUUUCAGGUUAUGUUUUAUGUAUCGGGGUGAGGGGGGGUGGGGGGUUACGACAUUGCAUUCCAUUUUAUUAUGUUGAAAGUAGAUUAGUAAAAGACUGAUUUUGUGUGUGUGUGUGUGUGUGUUUAGGUGCAUUCAUGCACAUGUUUGUCUGGUGGAAGGCCACUGCCCAGGGGGCGCUCUUUGGUAAAAUAAAACGUAGCUUGGUCUAAUUAACACUGGAAGAUCUGUUGAAGUGACUUGACCCAUAAAUAUUGAAGAUCUACUAUGUACUGUCAAUUGCUUCAAAUACAUUGUGAUGGGGAAUGGGGUGGGUUGGUGUCUUUUUGCCUUUUGAUUACAGAAACAAGGUGCUUUGUAGUAAUACAUCAAUCAGGGCAUUGUUUCAGUGUGAACACUACAUCAUUCUAAAUGUUGAAUUCAAAAGUGUGUUGUGCUUUCUCUGUUGCUUUUAGCAUUGACAUUACAAUAAGCCUUAUGUUCUCCGACAUUUCGGUCCAACGUUUCUGUGAAUUAUUUCUCACAAAUGGGAUUUGAAAGAUUUUCUCUGGGCUCCUGCUCGCUGCUACUCCUCAUGGGAAAAUCACUGUGAAAAUGUAACCUUCACUAGAUACAAUGACACCUCACUAAUUAGAAGUUUAUCCCCCAUUCCAGGCACCAGACUAAUCCCUGGAAAACGAAUAAUUCAGUGUUUGUGGAUGUCUUUCAAAAAAGGUGAGUGAGUGACUGUAUGUAGUCAUUUCAUGAUAGCACUACACAACUUGAAAACAUUUCCUAAGCCUGUGUGUGCUAAUGAAGGAAAUCGAUUGCUACCAAACCAAUGCAGGCAUUAGAUUGUAUGUUUUAAAUGCAUAGCAGACUUUGUUGUUUGUUAACUUGUUUUGGUGUAUGGUUGUGCAAUGGCGGUUCAUGUAUGUUGUAAUGGAAUGUUGUUGUUCCUCCUCGUUUGGAGAUAAAAAUGCUCCACUUGACCUCAGUGGACUUGAUCGGAGAUGCUUUUUAUGGAAUGACUUAACUUGACCCCAUCUGAGCCUGUCAUUGCUUUUGAUACUGACGUUUUUACGAUGUUUUUGAGUAAUUAUUAAUAUUUACACCUCUUUUAAUGCUGGUUUGUAAGAUAAUCUUACUGUACACCUUAUCUCUCUAUAUAUGUAAAAUAUGAAGUAAAUGGUAUUUAGCUUUUGAUUUUUUUUUUUUUUUUUUUUUAUUAUUGACACUGGAAUCACAGUAUGCAAAUAUAAUGCAGAGUAAAACCUAGUUGGUACAGACACUUUUGCGUGUAGUUCUUUUUUUGACUAUAUCUUUAAAGCCUUAAAUGUGCCGUGAGACUGAUUAUUGUUCUUUCUGUUGGUCGUUGCUUCAAAGCAACACUGUGGAUAUUGUACUGCUUAAAAGGAAUAAAGGAUGCAUGGAA